AUCCUAACAACUUCGUCCAACUUUUCUUGUCCAGUUACCACUAUAUAGGGGUAUAUUUCAAGCAUCCAACCACAUUUAUCAACGUAACCUAUGGAACUACCUCCCGACUUCGAUGCUUCCAAGCCGAUCAGGCGGAGGAAGGGCCGUGGCUCAGCGUCAUACGCCAUGGGACCGUCGCUCGAGUCGGCCCUGGAGGAGGAGCGUUUGGAGGUUCUGAAGUUGCUCGAAACGCCGUCUACCACCACACGCACCCAUCGCGGCUCCAACAGCAGCGAUACAAGCGCUCCUCUCGCCAAAGUGCCUUCUCCGCCCCUCGGGCAGCAAACACUAUCUCCCUAUGCUAAUACACCGUUCGCUCACCGAGCCGGUCAGUCUGGCGCACACGGGGGUAUUCAGCGAAGUGCGUCACCGUCUCGCUAUGGCCUUGCACUAGACAUCGACCUCAAAAACGCAGCAAGGAGGCUGUCCGACCAUGCUAUGGCGAAGAGUGGUGGUAUCCUCGCUGAUUUGCCAGAAUCACGUCACAGACGCAAUAGCUCGAUGGAAAACAACGAGCAGAUCAUGGUGGACACGGAUGUGGACCAAGCAGUCGAGGAAAGCAGUGAGGAGGAAGAGGAAGAUUCUGAUACUGAGUCGCGCUCUACAACUCCGCUUACGAGCCCGCGUGGAUCCAUGACUGGCAAUAGACCUGUUAUGAGUCUUACAGCGGCUGCGGAAGCUGAGAGGUUAGAGGUUGUCAGCACGAUGCCGAAGAAGUUGCCGAGUCAGACUCCGACGACGAAUAAGCCGCUGAGCAGACACACGCCUCUCGUCCUCAUCUCGGAUUCCACGCCGGCGGCAAUGAAGAAGAAGGGUGUCCGUCCGGCCAGCGCGUUCGAUCCUCCGAGUGGAGCUACCACUCCUUAUUCGAGUGACCAAGAAGAAUUGGAAAGACAAGUGCUGAAAGCGGCAAAGAUGACGAUGGAUAUCACACCUAUCAGCGCGCACAGGGAAGCUGGACGAACGACGCAGACCGUAACGAGAGGAAACUGGGAAGAUCUGUUACGGGAGGAGAAAGAGGGGAAAAGGCGUGCGACCUGUCGAGGAUAUCUUGUACCGACGGAUUUGUCUGCCGAGGCACAGUAUGCGCUCGAGUGGACGAUCGGUACCGUGUUACGCGAUGGGGAUAUCCUCUACGUCGCGCACGUUCUCGAGAAUCCGGCGUUCGCGGGGAACAUUGAUCAUCGACUACAGAUUGAGCAGAUUAUGGGUUUGGUCACCAGAUUGUUGAGGCGAACGAGGUUACAGGUCAAGGUCCGUGUAGAAGUCAUUGAGACAACUACACCGGCAAGGUACAUGUUGGUGGAGAUGAUCGAUGUCUUGGAGCUUACGAUGGUUAUUGUUGGGAGUCGGGGACGGUCGGCGAUUAAGGGUGUGUUGCUGGGAAGUCUGAGUAACUAUAUCGUGAACAAGUCUUCGGUGCCGGUCAUGGUUGCAAGGAAGAAGCUGAGAAAGACGAAGGGUACUGGGAGGAGGAGUAGUCAGAGGCCAGUUAUUCAGUUGGCAAAUAACUUGAGUAUGGCGAAGAUUGAUUAAGUAUGGAUAUUGGAGGAAGUGGACAGGGGAUGUGGAGUAGGGGCCUAACGGGAAAGAUACACGGCAAGGACCGGGCCCUGGCGUUCGUUGCACGAGCAGCUGUUCUCUCCUUACUACUUUUAUCACAAACUUGGAUGUUGGGAGCAUUCUUACUUCAGCGAGUCAAACAGAAUGAUACUUGUCGAACUUC